GGAGCCGAAAGCAGAUUUAAAAAAAAAAAAAAAAAAAUUAUUUAUUUAUUUCACUGCAAGUUGUGGCAUGGAUGCAUUCGCCACUUUGCAAACACUAAAGGGAAAUCCCUGUUUGGAAGAGAACGCGCUAAUCAAAGCGCUCUUUGUCCUCAAUGUUCCUCUUUUAUCGAUCUGUUCACUGAACGCAAGUCACCUCAAAUACACUACCCGGAGCGAACAAAAAGAAAAGUCGCAGUGUGGACGUUCCACAACGUUAAAUGUAACUGUAAAUGGACAAAAAAAAAUGGAAGCGUACAUCAUGUACGUUCUGUAGCAAAUAAAAAGUUGUGGAGCUGCAGGAAGUGUGCUGUGAUGGGGAAAAUAAUGAACGAUGGAGCACUGUGAUGAAGCAAAGGUUGAUUAUUUUCCUACAAUAGCACAACAUGGAGUGUUUUUAUUUCUCUUUUAUUGUACUAAACAGUAUAUUUUUUUCGUGAAUUCUCUCUUUAUUAGUGCUUGACGGAUCUUUAGUACCAUCAAGAAUGUUGAACAGGAAACCAUGAGGCUUGAAGGAACCUUUUAAAGGAGCUGUGUAGAUCCAUACGAUGGACAGAAAAGUUCCUAGCAGACCGCUAAUGCUAGAAGCAUCCCGAAUGAAAACUUUCUGAAAUUCCUGAAAAAAUGAACCUUUGAGAAACCUAAUAUUCUGAGAGCAUCACGCUAACGUCGUGGCGCACUGAUGAAACAUUCUUCAAAAAAAAAGCACACGGUCAUCUGCCAGAAAGCCGCAGCGAAGAAAAGGAGGGCGUUUGACUCGAGCAGACAGAGAGCCGAGGGAACCGACAUCCCGACUGUGAAACCUCUCAAGCCAAAGCCUGAACCACCCAAGAAAGUAUCCGACUGGCGUCGAAAGCAUGAGGAAUUCAUCGCCACCAUCCGUGCUGCCAAGGGCCUGAGCCAAGUGAUGAAAGAUGGUGGCCCUCUCCCCCCGCCCCCUCCUCCGUCCUAUGAUCCAGAUUAUAUCCAGUGCCCGUAUUGCCAGAGGCGGUUUAGUGAGAACGCAGCCGAGCGACAUAUCAAAUUCUGUAAGGAGCAAGCAUCACGCAUUACCAACAAGGGGAAAUUCCCUGGAAGUGACAAAGCCAAGGCUCCAGCUAAGAUGCAGUACAAAACUGACAAAACUGUCCCGGUGAAGAAGGCGAGUUCUGUAUCUUCCACAUCAUCUUCAGUGUCUUCCUCUCGCCUACCUCAGCGUUCAGCCAACGGACAGGGCGGUGGAACCGGAAUUUCCAGCACUACGGGCUCCAUGAGGAAUGUGAACAUGUCCACUUCUUUCUCUCCGUCCCGCCUUAACACUGGCGGCGUGACCAGUCCUCCCUGUGGGGCUAACACCAAACCUAAAGGCAUUGUUGCUCCGAGUUCACUGAAGAGCACGACCUACACAGCCGGAAUGAAUAAAAAGAAGGUCUACAGUGCGAACAGCUAUAACUCAAGGAAUGAGACGAAAAACGACAAUGAAGUGGAGUGUUCCACACCGGGGAUCAAAUUCUGCCACGAAUGUGGAACCAAGUACCCGGUGGACUGGGCCAAAUUCUGCUGUGAAUGUGGGGUGAGGAGGAUGUGCAUUUAGAGAGAGAGAGCGUUACGUGUCUAUUGCUGAAUUUCCCAUUUUUCCACUCAUCACACUUGUGCCCAUGAAUUCCAGUCCUUCUCGAAUAUAAUUGUUUUUGCCUUGUUUUUAUUCCACUUGCCUUUAUUCUCGACGUGCAAUACGAUAAACUACUGAUUGUUUUUUUUAAAAUCAGAAUUUACCCAGAAUUCAUUUCAAAAAUCGAGUUUCCACCUGAUAUCAAACCUGUGGUUUAAAGUACCGACAUCGCGCUUCCAUUUCAUCAUGGGAGUGAUCCGACAGAGUUGUGAUUUAAUUUAUGUCGUUAUUUAUGCGGAUACAGUUACAAAGCGACGCCGUUCCCGUUUCUCUUUUUGUUUCAUUAUAUAUUUUGUAAAGUUGUUACUGCUUAUUUAUCUCGACAUUUCAUGUAAACGUACAUUCGCUGUAGGAUAGGAGAAAUCUGGCGCAGCUCGACCACGACUUAUAAAACAUUCGCAAAUGCAUUAUUCAGACGAUCAUGCUUAAAAAAAAAAAAAAAGAUUUUUCGAUUUCACUCCACGAUCACCUGAUCGAACUCGUAUGCCAAAAAUAGCUUUACAGCCGCAAGAACUUCUUAAUAAUCCCGUCACUGCUCCUCUAAGCUAAAGCACCAUAUAUAUAUAUAUAUAUAUAUAUAUAUAUAUAUAUAUAUAUAUAUAUAUAUAUAUAUAUAUAUAUAUAUAUAUAUAUAUAUAUAAACCCUCUGUGAUUAAUUAACCCUUUGUGCUGUGAUAGCCGAACACUACGGCGGUGUAAUGCUCAUAAACGCAUGAACGGUGUGUAUCGUUUCUGUAAGACCGAGUGGGUACAAGACCUGCUCACAGAGCGGUACGCUGACGCCGGAUUUGUCACUGUAUAUGCAGAGUGUCACGUGAAUAAACGUUCAUACGAGUGCUGA